AAUACCACGCCCGUAAAAUCGGAACUCAUACUGUAUUUGACGAUUGAAUUGUUGACUUCAUUCUCUUAUCUCUGAACUUGUCUUAUCUCAGACCUCAGGGAGCUGCUGAGAUUGGCCAUGUUGGUUCUCUUCUUUUUAUCACUGAUUGGAACAGGUUUUGCCGGUUUGAAAGGGUACUGUUCACUGUAUAAAGGAACUAUCGAAAUACUGAAACGUCCUCCAAAAGAGCUGAAAGUCAACCUCGGAGAUCGGGUUUCAAUACUUUGUGCAGCACAUGGGCACGGCAUGUCAGACCCUUACGUUUACUGGAUCAAGGGACUCGGACCAGGAUACGAGGAGAAAGGGAAGAACAUGGGGCCGGUAGCAGUGGGCAAAUCUACCCUGUACAUAGAAAAAGUUACUGAAGAUGACAUCGACACCUACAGAUGCGUGGUUAAGGACUGCUGUUCGAGCAAACAGGAGAAUAUGGAUGUAGACAUUCAUGUCUCAGACGAAACUUGUGAAGAUGUGUACGGGUUGGGAGCUGUACUGUAUGGAGCUACCUGGGAGUUUAAGAACUGGACCGCUGCGGUCCAGUCCUGCAAAGACAUGGGAAUGCGGAUAGCCUUCCCACAGAACCCCACAGAGAACGCGAAAAUACUUCAAGAUAUCCAGGCUUCCUUUACCUCUCACCCUAAUGCUAGGAAAUAUGCUCACGAAAAUUGGGUAUGGAUAGGUGGACACGACACAGCAGUGGAAGGAGAGUGGAGAGAGAUCAGGACAGGGGAACUGGUCAGCUGGUUCAACUGGGAGUACAGUCAACCUGACAACUGGACUAAGGGAGACAAACAUCUUGCAGGUCAGGAUUGUGUGGGUAUCAGGAGAACAAACGGUAAAUGGGACGACUCCUUCGUUCACCACGAACGACCUUAUGUGUGUGAAUGUCCAGAUAAAGAAAUAAAGAUGAAGAAUUAGGAGAAAACUAAAAAAUGGGAGAGUAAGAAAAAAGAAAAAACAAUGUUAUGCUGUUUUUAGUCGGCAAGGACUUCGAUUCGAUUUUACGAUUUUGCAAUUUUUAUUGUGGCAAUAGAAAUGUAUAUUGUUAAUUGUAUAAAUUAUAUUUGUCAAUGUACAUGAAAUUAUAUCAACAAAUUAAAGCAA